AUUAUCUUAUUUUUUUCAAAAAUUUUCAUCGAUAAAUUCUUAUUUUUCGAAAAUCCUUCGUCUAACUGUAGCGCGAAUCUGCUCCCGGUGGCAAGAAGAGAUCCAUGAAUGGCCUUCUUCCCUAAAAUCUUUCGCCGUUUUCUAUCUCCUUCAUGGGAGGAGAUACAUAGAUAGGGUGAGGGCUACAAACACAGCGAGCUAGUAAUGGAGGAGACCGGCGGCGGAGCUGGAGUGGUGGAUUUGAAGAUGGACGAGGAGAAAGUCCCAUGGCCGCCGGAAACGGAUCCAGUGUUCGUGAGCUGCCUGCUACAGCCUCCCAUGUCCCACCAUGACCCCAACUACGUUGCGAUCCGUCGUCUUCUUCUCCAUCGCAAGGCUCAUUCACUCCCGCAGCGCAAGGACUGGCGGUGCAAUAGGAGAGGCUAUGCUGCUUAUCGAAAUUUCAUCCGAAGGCCAAGGAAUUGGGAGAGUCAAAUCACACAGAGCUAUAUAAGCACAGCAAGUCACAGUGGGCAUUGGGCCUCAUCUCAAGGCCCCCACUCUAUUUUGUUUGAUUCAGAGAGCCAAAGUUCUAGCCGGGACCUCAGAGGUUUCUUUCCUUCAUCUGGUCACCGCUCAAGUUUCAGCUCAAAUGAUGCAGAUCACCAGUUUGGGCAUGUUGAGCCUGCAUAUUCAUUUGUUGGGAUGCAUUGCAUCUUUGACCACUGCAAAGCUUCAGUUACCAUCUUAAAGUUUGGGCAUAUGAGUUCUGAAUUACUUGCAUAUGGUUCGUCGGACGGAAGUCUGGCUGUUUGUCAUGUAUCAGAGCCACCUUCAAUAAUUCAGCAUCUAAGAGGACAUUCAAAAGCCAUUACAGAUUUUGAUUUUUCUUCAAAUAAUCAGUACAUUGCUUCAUCCUCGGUGGACAAAACUGUCCUAGUCUGGGAGAUUUCUAAAGGUCAUUGUAUUAGAGUCAUAUACGGGACAUCUGCUCAAUUAUGCAUCAGGUUUCACCCGGUAAAUAACAACUUGCUUUCAGUUUGCAAUGCAAAUAAAGAAAUCAAUAUCAUCAAUUUUAGCACCGGCCGAGUUAUUAAAAAAGUUUACUUUGAUAAGGAAUUGACAGCCAUGGACAAUGAUCAUACCGGACAACUUAUUUUCUGUGGAGAUGCACAGGGAAGCAUAUACACUGUAAGUGUAAACUCCCAUACAGGAUCCAUAUCCAGGUCUCAUAAAAAUAGGAGCAUGAGGAGUAAAUCUCCAAUUACUACAGUGCAAUAUCGUACAUUUUCUCUGGUAGCUAGGUGUCCUGUGCUUCUCGCGUGUGCUCAAGAUGGCAAUCUUUGUUUCUUCAGCGUAGCCUUGGAGAUACAAGGUUAUCUGACUCUUUUAUGCUCGCUCAAACUUUCUCCAAGGCUGCAUAGCAUCCGCGCUUCAUUCUGUCCUCUUCUUUCCCUCGAAAAAGGGGAAUUCAUAGUUGCUGGCAGUGAGGAUUCAAAUGUUUACUUCUAUGAUUUGACACGACCGAAACAUGCCUGCGUGAAUAAGUUGCAGGGUCAUGGAUCUCCUGUGAUUGGGGUUGCCUGGAAUUAUGGUGAGAAUUUGUUAGCUUCAUCUGAUUCAGAAGGCACCGUGAUUGUGUGGAAACGUGCCAAAACCAACUAAAACCUGUUUAUGCAGGUAUACUCAAGAGUCGGACCGUAGAGCAAAAAUAUUUGGUAACAUUUAUUUUUGUUAUUAUUUUUUUUGUUCUGUUUUUCUUUUUAUAUUUAUAUUUUAUAUACUGCUGUAUAGUCAUAUCACAGAUAUAAUAUGGGCAAGGCUGCCUGGCUUCAAUAAUUGUAUGAACCCCUAAGAGGGUUAAAGCAAAUUUCAUGUAGGUAACAUAGAAUGGGUCAUAUUUUAUUGUUUAUAACCUUUUUAUGACAGCAUUAUUUUGAUAUUUUAUAUU